AUGGUCCUCUUGGCCAUUGCGGCUGAGGUCGGAGGGCGCCCUAACAUUAUGUCAAACGGUGAAGUGCUACAAGUUGAAGACGAGUUUGCGACGGUGCGUGCGGAUCCAACGUUGCGGCGGAAGAAAUACAUGCUGAAUAAUAAGGAGCAAUUGUGGGGAGGAGCAGUUGUCCCUUUCCAAAUAGAGGAUUUCAUGUGGACCUCUGUUCAUCACAGACAUCUAGUAUUGCAAGACGCUAUGCGUGACAUCAUGCAAAAAACCUGCGUUCGAUUUAAAGAGAGGAGUGGGGAACCAGACUACGUGUAUAUCAAGUUCGAAUAUGUAGAAAGAGCCUCUUCUUCUCAUCUCGGGAGAAAAGGCGGCAUGCAAGUUUUAAAUAUUUACGGUAGAGCUUUUGAGAAGAGAACGGUCCUGCAUGAGUUGGGGCAUGUCUUGGGAUUGGAGGAUGAGCAUCGACGACCGGAUCGAGACCGCUAUAUCGAGGUUUUAUGGGCCAACCUUGAUUUGGGAGGGUGCGAUCACUUCAAGCCAGUCGACAGAGAAGAAACGAAUUUAUUGGGAGAACCUUUUGAUUACAAGUCUAUUAUGAUGUACCACGAUACAGCCUACUCCAGUGAUCCUAAAAAUUUAAAAACUCUGGUGUCAAAAACGGAACAUCGUGUGCCUACUGAACCGACUACGCAACUGUCUCCUGGUGACAUUAGAAGAAUCAACGACCUUUACCGGUGCGAGGGAAUAGAUCAAAAGCCAAAAUUCCCAUAUGAUGUCGCUUGUUCCUUUGACGAUAAUGACUGCGGCUUCAAAGGGCUGUGGUGCGAGGAACGUGAACAAAGUUUAUGGAAGUGGAAAAAGAAACCAUUUCGAGGGUUUUCAAAACCAGAGCCCGAGGGAGGAUACCUGAUUUGGUCUGUAAAGCCUGUCGAAAAACUGAUGACAGAGGAAAAUAUUUGGAGCGUCGGUUUCUAUGGAACAAGGCCUCACCACAGCAUCCGCGGCCAAGAGGGAUGUGUCAAAUUCAAGUACUCAUUCAAUACUGGUGGGAUGGGACGCCACACGCUCAAGGUUAGCAGAUAA